AAACAUAACUUUGACCUGGUCGGACGUGUUUUUCAAGUGCUCCUACCCGAAAACUGUGUUUGUGAGAUUAGUGCUGGAUUUGUGUGUGCUACCUAGUCGUGCUGCUAUCUCGUGUGCUGGGCAGUGUUGUUACCCUGCGUACCCCUGUUACACUUUCACCUGGUGAUCUUGUACCCGGGGGUAAAAGUGCUCGUGGAUUCUGUGCCGUGGUGUGCCAUAAAAACAGUUUUAAGCGUAGUUUAGUCUAAGCCGAUUUCAUAACUUUUGUGUCCUGUGCUAAAGAAAUCGUUUUUUCUCGGAUAAUUAAACCGUUUAAUUAAGAGUUCUUUGUAGUGUGGGUGAUUUACUUUUUUCGCGCCGUGCAUUACCGGAAAAUUUGAUAGUGGUUGUCCACAUUUUUGAUUAUUUUUUCUGGGCCCGGCAUUAAUAUGUCAGGCCCAUUUUCCCUUGAGAGGGAUUAUCCACCUCUCGGUGGUCCCUCUCGGAAUAAAAGGCCCGUUCCCGAGUGGAUGGACAAAAGUAACGAAAAUGGUGAUAUGAAAUUCCUUGUUCUCCAAACCACCGACGACUCUCCCCUCCCUAAGAACCCUUUUAUUGUCGGUAAAUCUAUUUCCUCUCUUGCUGGUGAGCUUUCCGAGCCCGGCAAAAUUAUUGACAACGGCAAAAAACUCCUCCUGAAAACACGUAGUGCCCGCCAAUUCCAAACCCUCCUAUCCCUCACCAAACUCAUUGACGGAACCAGUGUCAGUGUUACCCCGCAUGCAACCCUGAAUAGUGUUCAGUGUGUCAUUUUCUCCCCGGACCUUAAAGAAGUGAGUGACGAUAUUAUCCUUAACGAGUUAAAAGAACAACGUGUAGUGUCAGUUCGCCGAUUCACGCGUAAAAUAAACAAUGAAAUAGUGCCGACCAAUAUCUUCCUGCUCCGCAUUAACGCCACCACCAUCCCUGCAACCAUCCGCCUUGGUGCGCUACAAGUUUCCACCCGACCGUAUUACCCGAAACCAAUGAUGUGCUACAACUGUACCCAAUAUGGUCACACCAAAAUGAGCUGCAAGGUAGCGCAAAAUUGUUCCAACUGCGGUACACCAGCCCACGGAGAAUGCAUCGUCGAUCCCGUGUGUUUGAACUGCAAAGGACCCCACAACGCCUUCUCCCGUUCCUGUCCACGACGGCUCCGUUCAUCUGGACUCAGCUGGCUGUGGGAUCCAUUCCAAUUCAGAUAACUGCGCCAUUAAACUACCUAACCACACUUCAAUUUUCUCCGCCGAAGCAACAGCAAUCCUAUUAGCCGCCGACGAAGGACUUCGGACCGACCGACCGAACGUCAUUUUUUCCGACAGUGCCAGUGUCCUGGCCGCACUGGAACACGGCACCUCCAAAGAUCCCUACAUCCAGCUCCUUGACGCCAUUCCUGCAUCCCCGACAAUCGUUUUCUGCUGGAUCCCUGGUCAUUCCGGAAUUCGUGGAAACGAGAAAGCCGAUCGUCUGGCCAACCGAGGUCGACUAAAUCAAGAUACCACACACAACAUCCUCUCCCGCCGAGAUGCCAUUCGCUUCACCAACACCAUAGUUUCUCAACACUGGAACUGCACCUGGAACAACGUAGACCCCUCCACAAACCUUCGUUCCAUCAAGCAAACUACCGCUUCAUGGGACGACACCGAUUCCAGCCAUCAUCAACGAAUCCUGUCCCGCCUUCGAAUAGGUCACACGCGCCUGACCCACUCCUACAUCCUCGACAAAUCCAGUCCUCCACUCUGCAGUUAUUGCGGCGUUGACAUCACCGUCCGCCACAUCCUCACCGAUUGCCACGGAUACACGACACACCGAGCCACCUGCCAACUAGACACCGACUUCACCACAAUUCUAUCACCUGACAAAGUACAAGAGAAACGCCUUAUUCGAUUUUUACGCAUCAGCCAACUUUAUAAAGAAAUCUAAUCAACAGC